CUCAACGAGGUCAUUUCAAUCAAGGUGCAGCAGCGCCACCCUGUGAGUCUGGAUGGGGAAAAAAAGCCGUCUGAAUAAAUGUUCGUAUAGAUUAAGCAAAACGUGCUGCUUGGUAAGCGCCGGAAACACACCAGAUCAUCGGUAUUAUGAUAUUGUUCUGAAGUUGUAUCCUGCUCAUCGGUCAUCCUAAAGCUAACGACCAUCGCAACUCCCUUCUUCUCGACAGUUGAACUACUACGCCGUUCAGACUGUAUUGGAGAACUACGAGGAAGUGGCUUAGAGGAGAUGUUAUGAACACCGCAAUGGAAGGGUUAGCCAUAGGUAGCUGCACUUGAGGGGACAUUUUGUGGGGGAAAGGGUGUCGGCGGAGACGAUCUUUUGGGGAGACCUAAUGCACCCGCUGGUGCUGCUAUAUAGCUAGAAGGAGUUGGCUAGCCGCGCGGCUGCUAACGAGACUCACUACUAGCCUCUUCACUUUUUUUCCCUGAAUAUUUUCUCAAUUUUUUUCCUUCGGGGACACACUUUUUGGAAGACUUAAAGCAGAGCCAUGGACUUCCCGGGACACUUUGAGCAGAUAUUCCAGCAGCUGAACUAUCAGCGGCUGCACGGUCAGCUGUGCGACUGCAUCAUAGUGGUGGGCAGCCGACACUUCAAAGCCCACCGCUCUGUUCUUGCAGCCUGCAGCACCCACUUCAGAGCGCUCUUCACCGUCGCCGAGGGAGAUGCUAGCAUGAAUAUGAUCCAGCUGGACAGCGAGGUGGUCACGGCUGAGGCAUUUGCUGCCCUGGUGGACAUGAUGUACACGUCGACGCUGAUGCUGGGGGAGAGUAACGUCAUGGAUAUCCUCCUCGCCGCCUCACAUUUGCACCUCAACAAUGUCGUAAAAGCCUGCAAGCACUACCUAACCACACGCACACUGCCUGUGUCGCCCUCCUCUGAGAGGCCGGCCCAUCACCACUCUCAACAGGAGCAGCAAAGGCACAGGCAGCAGCAGGCGGACUUGGGAGGGAACCCAGCUUCAGCGGGUAACACAAGCCUCACAGGAAACGCUGCCACGUCGAAGGUGCAGCGCUCCUUCUUGCUGCAGCAGCUGGGGCUCAGCUUGGUGAGCUCCGCUUUAGGAGGAAUGGAGGAAGGCGGCGUGAGCAACAGAGCGGUCGACCAGCGGGCCUCAUUCCCAGUCCGUCGAUUCCACAAACGAAAGCCGUCUCUAGCGCUGACAAUUUCAGAGGAGAGACCCAGACAAAGGCAGCGGACCUCAGGGGGCGCCAACCUAGGUUUGUUGGAGGAAGACGGCGAAAAUGCAGAUCAGGAUGAAGCAGCGCUUCAUUCGCCGGACUCCCACAAACCGGGGGAUGAUUCUAAGCUAGGCGCCGGCAUCACAGGGUUUGUAGCUGUGGCUCAAGAUGACCCUCAGAUGCCGAGUCAGUCAGACAGUGGACGCUCUGAAGGGGAGAACUCGGUGAGGAUUCCAGGAGGAGUAAACAAGGAAGAGGACAUGGGUGACCAGGAUCAGCAGGCCAGCAGAGCCACUGUAAAAAUAAAGUCAGGGAACGAGGAAGAGCAGGGGGAAGAUGAAGAGCGGAAGGUGGUGGUCAAGCGAGAGGUUCUCAGCUCACCUGAGCCUGUAGACGAAAACAGCGAUGUGACGUCCCAGGCUGAAGGCAGCGACCCGGCAGAGCCCGGCUGCCAGGAGGAAGAGGAGAAGGUGGAGCUGAGCCCAGAGGGCAGCGACCGCAGCUUCACCUCCGACCCCCAGCCCAGCUCCGAGUCUCUGCUCCAUUCCAGUUCCCAGCUCCUCCUCAAGGGCAGCAUGGGAGGAGGAAUGGGUGUCACGGGGGGGUUUGGCAGUAACAAUGGGCUGAGUAGCAGUUCUAAUUUUAAUAUCUCGAACUUUCUCAGCUCUAAAGACUUCGGGAGAGGUGGGUCAGGGUUGGUUUCUGGAGAGGAUGACCUUCCUAACACAACCACCGGGGAGGCAGUUGCUCAUCGCUUCCUGAUGAGACACGACGCUGCUGGGCCGUCUUCCUCCGCGUCGUCCUCUCUUAUUCAGUCGGGCACGCUAAGUGGCGAGAGCAGAAACGGCUUUGGAGACAACCUGCAGCCAGAUUCUCUAUUCCUGCAGCCUCCUUAUGAGAACUUAGGAGGCCUCAGAGGGAGCAGUGGGAGUGCUGGACGUGGAGGAGUGGAUCCUUUUGCUCUGGACUUCCAGCGCUCCAGUUUAGGACUUCACUCCCUGGGGCGACCCUCAAGAGGGAUGGGAAGUGCUUCCGCUUCCACCCUGAGUUAUCCAAGCUACAGACGUAUUGCUCCUAAAAUGAACUCUGGCAUAGGAGGUGAAGGAAGAGUCCAAGACCCGGCGUCACCUUCCUCCAACCUAACAAGUCCUCUGCUUCUGAACGAGAGUGGGGGUUAUGAGAUGAACGGCGGCCGGCCCACCUCCCUCCCGCCUCAGCUGACCCGGGCUUCAGCAGAUGUCCUGUCAAAGUGCAAGAAGGCCCUUUCGGAGCACAACGUCUUGGUCGUGGAAGGGGCUCGAAAGUACGCCUGCAAGAUCUGCUGCAAAACCUUCCUCACCCUGACCGACUGCAAGAAACACAUUCGCGUUCACACGGGGGAAAAGCCCUACGCGUGCCUCAAGUGUGGCAAACGCUUCAGUCAGUCAUCCCACCUGUACAAGCAUUCCAAGACCACGUGUCUGCGCUGGCAGAACAUGAACAUGUCCAACUCCCUGCUGUAGAGCCCAAGAGGAACCGAAGAACACACUGAAAUCCUAAUCUCAGUCUCCUUCUCUUCCUACUAUUUAAACAUGUUAUUGUUUGGGUUAGACCAGGGGUCUGCAACCUGCAGCUGCAGAGCCACAUGCUGCUCUUGGAGCCCUCCGAUGUGGCUCUCUGGGUAAAAAGAUUCUAAUUUUAAGAAGUUACUGUAAAUGGAAAAAUUUAGUAAGCAGUAAAGUAAAUAAACUAACUCAAACUAUAUUAUAAAUUCAGCUCAUUCACAGUUGAAGGACAGUACACAUAACAAGAGAAAGUAAAACAUUUGAACAGAUUUUUGUGUAUCUGCUGGAAGCACGGCCAGAGCUAAGACAGAUUUUCUAGUUUGGAACAAAUUCAAGGAUUUUAAGUGGCCCUUAUAGAUUCGGUUACAGUCACUUAACUAUUGUUAACAAAUGGUAAAACAGACUGUUUUUUUAACUCACUGCUGACAUUUCACUAUACUACUACUACUGCAUUGAGAUGACCUUACGGCGACACCAGGUCUUAUUUUGAAAGGAAGUCAUGGGAACCUCUGUCAAAAGGUAUAAACUAAAAUAAAAGCAAUUUUAUUUUCGUUUUAUUUAUGCCAAAAUAACUAUAGUUAAUUUAUAUUUAUCAUAAAUAAUAGCAACAAUAACAUAAAUACAAAUCUGAGUUUUAUUGUUCUAAAGGGGGAAGUCAGACUUUGUGGCUCCUUCAGUGUUGAAGGUUGCAAACCCCUCAGUUGGACUAAAAAGUACUAAGAUUAGGUCAAAUCUCCUGUUGGAUUACUGGAUAUGGUUUCUAUAGUACAUUUUGUUAAAGUGAUGUAUGCAUUUGUAAAGCAUGUACUUCCUCUGCAUACUCCAUGUGCCUUUUUCAGCGCACUUACUUUUAUAAAGAUGGUGGGAAAGUCAUUUUGAUUCGUUGUCAGGUAUUUAUUAGAAAACUAAUAACAUAUGGUUUUGUUCUCAAUGGUUAGAAAUCUCCUGAACUGAAAUGUUUAACCAUCAGGUAAUCUAUGGGCUUCAUGUUUGUCAUUGUACUGUCUAAACUUGGCUAAUAACCCUAAGAAUUAGAAUUUUUUAUGUCGGGAGCAAAGUUACACGUGAAGUUUUUUUUUUCAGACAUAGGUAAAGGUUGUCUGCAGGUUUUUAAAAACCUUUACCAUGGCACCCUCAUCCCCACUUGAGUCUUAAGUCGUCAAAUGUUACUGAAAAUGUUCCAGUUGUACUGAUGGGGCCUCAUGGAAACACAUCAACAAUGCUCUUGUUUUCUUUAAAAGUCCCGUAGUUUCUGUCACACGUUUUUAGGGAAAACUUUCUCAAAUUUCUCCACGUUCCACCUUACAAAUGUUCUUCACAAAAAAGUCCCAAUAAAUAAAUCAAGAGAGCUUUGGAGUUCUAUUAAAAAAAGAAACUAAAGCAGUUUUGCUGCUGUAAUGUGAGUUUGAAAGCAAAAAUCAUCUGUAAAUACACUUUUGCAUGUCUUAGUUUGGUGUGUAAUGUAUACAUUUUUUUUCAGAUAAAAAAAAAUUGGGCGUUCUGUAAUUAUGUGAUGAUUUUUAAAACAAGUCGUGACCUUAUAAAACCAAAAAGUCCUUUGGUCACAGGUGCUCUAUUUUUAAUUUUUUGCUAACAAGGUAGUUUAGUUGGUGGGAAAACAUUUUCCAAUCAUAAAUCUUGUGCUUUCCUGGUCAGUCACUUUUUUUUAUCUUUUUUACUUCCAAGUACACAGAACAACCCAUCCAAAGAUCCACCACCCUACCUGUUGACUUGGAUGUUUCCUCCUUUGGAUUGAGCCGAUGCAGCUGAUCCCGGUAAUCAGCAGCAGCAGGGAGAGCAGGAAAACAGGCAGAAUGGUAGAUCUUAAGGGAGCAGGUUUCUGCCUUGUCUAAAUGCGAUUUAUGUAUAAAAGCCACUCCCCCUUCGUGGACAAUCAAUGCUGCAGAGCGUCCUCUCUAUAUCAGAGGAGAUAGUGAUAAUAUAUGUAUCACACUCAAAUUUGAAAACUUUUACACUUUUUUUGUACAAUUUAUUUUCUUUUAAUUUUUACUUUAUUUAUAUAGAAGACUGGUGUAUAUGUAGCAGGAUUUUUCAUACUUCAAGUGAGAACUUAUAAUGAAUAGUGUUAUGCAAAAAGGUUAUCAAAAGUUGCAUUUUAUUAAUAACUACAUGGACUGAUCCGCCUGUUUGCUGUAAAUAAAAGCAACUUCCCUGAUCAACA